CUUUAUAACUGACACCUGAAAUGUGGCCACAAAAAAGGGUCUAUUUGCUUUGGUACAGCAUUUAUUGCCUGAGAAAACACUUCACAUUUCUUCGGGACGGUUGACAUGACGACUGAUUGUAGCACUGCGCAAACGAAGACUCGAAAUACGUGGACAACUCGUCACCUGUGUACAUGUUUGUCGGAUGCGAUACGCUUGUAGAAGAAAUCUACUCGUAGGUUUUACAAGUAACAUUACAUGAACGCCAUUAUUCAAGAGAAGUUGAUUCCUGUACCAAGCAAAGGGGACAAGGAACGUCGCAACGAAUUACAACAGUUUUAGUUUAAACAGUGUGGCGAGUUACUAGAACCGCGCCAUGGACGGGAUCUCGGAACUCCCCUGUCCCCACAAGCGGCCCGUGGCUCCGAGGAGGAACGCAGGGCGGCUGGUGCGCAUUCGGCGCCCGAACACUCAGGACAUGGAGGCCCUGAUGGUCCAACAGGCGUCAGGACAACUGUACCUCACCACGCCAUACCGAAAACUGCCCGAGAAUGACUUCUGCUCAAAGGUUGACUGUCUGUAUUGCCAUCGGCUCCGCAUGCAGAAAUUGAUGAAGCCCUCCCCCUGGCCCAGGGGAAACGCCCACACCCCCAGACACACCCACUACCACGCCCCCGUCCUACCCAUCAUCAAGCAAGGCCGCUGUCUUGUCAGGAGAAGAAACCUGAAGACGCCUCGAAGUCGUCGCAAGGCCACGGUCAUCCACUUGCCUCCCCUGACGGGAGAAAACAUGACCGUCCACCGCGCCAAGGGCGGCGGCGUUCCCUGGUGGGCCAACAAGACUCCGCUAGGGGGCAUCUCAUGGGUGAACGCCGACGUCACCGAACCAUCUACUGCAGCCGAUGGGAUUAAACUGGGCGCAAACGUUAACGGCGAGAUCAUACACUUGGAGGAAAUACAACUGAGAGAGCAAAAGGACGAGGAGGAAGCAAAAACUGAGAAGGAUGGAAGCGAAGAAGGAGAAGACAAAUUUGGAGAACUCGAAGCAUCAAAGGAAAAUGCCUCACAAGAUAUUUCUGAUUCUGACACGUCCUCCGUUCGUUCUGUUGAUACUGUAGUAUCCAAGGAUACAGGAAUAGGGACUGCUACAGCCAUCUCAGAGGAGGUGACUCUACCUUCUCUGUCAAACAUAAAAGUGUUUCGUCCUAAAGAUCACUUUGCCGAUGGGACAGACGAGACGAGUACUGAGGAGACUGCUAGUUCCUACACUACACGAAAAAGCGAAUAUCUGGGCCUCGACUAG